AUGCAAAAGCUGGUCGAAGAGGUGCUGCAGAGGCAGCACAAUGCACUGAUUCUGCGGCUUGAAUCCUGGCUUUCCAAGCUGGACGAGCAGCUCCCACCACGCACGAUCUCGGAUUGGGCUCGCCAGGCGACCCCUGUGCCGAUGACGAAUCGGAUCUCCAACAUGUCCGCCCGGUCCACCCGGUCCCGGCGGGACGAGGAUCGAGACAAGGUGGAGGAGAAGCCCCAGAGGAGGUCCAUCCAUUCGGAGGACUAUGAGCUUGCGCACUCGGAGGCCGACCGGAUCGAGUCCAUGAAGAACUUGGCCAUGGCGUCGCGGCAGACGUCGAAGACCAGGACCAAGCUGCAGUCCUGGGCCCGGAAGAUGCAGCAAAAGGCCGCGAGACUCGCCAACUCCUUGGCCUUCAACGUCUUCUUCGGCGUGGUCAUCGUUUCCAACUCCGUGUUUCUGGGCCUCCAAUUGGAGUGGAGUGCCUGGCAGGUGGAUCAGCUCGUGGAGCCCGCGUCGCUUGGCAUCCGGGUUCUUCAAAAGAGGAAGUUCGCUCUAUGGCUCUAUGGCCUUGGCCAAAGUGCAGGUGUCAUGCGUGGAAGGUUUCUGGCCGGGCACCUGAUCUACGCGACCUUGUUCUCGGUGGAGAUGCUCAUCCGCUUCAUCGCAACCGGUCCAAAGACCUACUUCUUCGGGCACUCCUGCGCUUGGAAUUGGCUGGACAUAAUGGUCGUGGUCCCGGCCUGGGUGGAAAUCUGCAUGGACAUCGCCUCUGCCAACGCCACGGAGCCGGGGACCGGAGCCAGCAACUUCCGCAUCAUCCGGGUGUUCAAGCUCACCAGGCUGCUCCAGGUGCUGCGAUCAGUGCGAAUAGUUCGCUUCGUAAGCGCAUUUCGCGCGCUGGUCUACUCGGUGAUCGACACGACGCGGCAACUGCUUUGGGCCAUGGUCCUGUUGAUCCUGAUCAUCUACAGCUUUGGCAUCCUCUUUACCGAUGCGGUUCUGUAUCACCUGUUCUGGUUCGACGAGAUUGAGGAGGCGGAUUUGAAGCUGUAUUUUGGGAGCGUCUUUCACUCUUGCACAACACUCUUCCGUGCAUUGAUGAAUGGCUUUGACUGGAGCGUAGCCGCUGACGCUUUGCUGCCUUUGGGCGAAUUCUGGGUACAGCUCUUUCACCUGUACAUUGCUUUCUGUGGGCUGGCCGUUCUCAAUGUCAUCACAGGAGUUUUUGUGAAUAGUGCCAUCAAGACACGGGAAAAAGAUCACGAGACGCUCAUGCAAAAUAUGUACAAACUCAAAGAUCUCGUCGGAGACUUGUGGAAGAAGUUGGACAAGGCAGGGGCGGGGAAAAUCACCAUCACAGAGUUCGAGCGCAUGUUUGAGGAGGAGGACAUGAGAGCCUUUUUCGGUGCGAUCGAGAUGAAUGCCAUGGAUGCAUGGACGCUCUUCGAUAGCUUGGACGCCGAUGGGGACCACCUGAUCAGCUUUGAGGAGUUUAAGGAGCGGUGCCUCCAGCUCCAUGGGCCAGCCAGAUCAGUGGACCUCUUUGCCUUGAAGCAGCAGAACAACAAGCUUUGGGAAGAGCUCAUGGCUGUGCAGCAAGGUACCCACCAACUCUCUGAGCUCGUGGUGUCGCUGGGCACUCUCGUGUCAGGAUCGCUACCUGGCGGGAUGGAGUCCGUAGAGCUGAAGUGGCCCGAAACACCCCGUGAGGAGCCUCAGGACAGCUGA